ACGCCAAUCACUGUAACCAGGCCUUAUGUUAUUCUUUCUAAGACCACGAUUACAAACCGGCGAAAUUUACUUCGUUUACUGUGAAUGAAAUUUCUCAUCUGGAGGUCUUUUAGGUUUUUAGGUUUUCAAAGAGAGUUGAGGAUUGUUCUGGGAUCUCCUAUUUGGUCUCCCACUCGCUGUAGUCGCCGCCGUCUUCACGUAUCUCGCACCCUCUGUUUAACACGUGGUGUUACUUGGAAUGCAAAGAUGGCUGAUGAAACUCUUAUUCAAGAAUUUGCAAAACGAGCACAAUCAGCGGAAGAAGAAAUUGUACAUUUAAAAAAGAAAAUUGCGACAUUGAAAUCCAAAGUUGCAUCAGAAGCGGAGAAUACACCAAUUGAUCAGAAAAAAUCCCCCGAAGUUGAUAGGUUGACAGUUGAAAAUACCAAGUUGGAAUACCAGAUAAACCAGCUGAAACGGUUCAUUGAAGAAGAAAAAGCAAAGUCAUCAUGUAUUAUGACGAAUACCCAGUUUAUCCUGAAUGAGCUAUUCAAGCAAGCUAUCCGUGUUGCUUUCCCUGCUGUCACAGAUCCACCAAUACUGGUUCAAUCCACUCAGAAUGACAAGUUUGGUGACUAUCAAUGUAAUAGCGCUAUGGGUUUGAGCCAAAUUCUAAAAAAUAAUGGACAAAAGGCAAACCCCCAAGCAAUAGCUAAGAGCAUAAUAGCAUCUUUACCUCCAAAUGAUCUGAUUGAAAAGGUUGACAUUGCCGGCCCCGGAUUUAUCAAUGUCCAUAUGAACAAGAAAUUCAUCAAGGACAUCUUAAGAGAUGUUGUUGCUAAUGGUGUCCACCCCCCAGCGAUCAGAUCACGCCAGAGGUGUAUUGUGGACUUCUCUUCACCAAAUAUUGCCAAGGAAAUGCAUGUAGGACAUCUUAGGUCAACAAUAAUUGGGGAGAGCAUCUGCCGCCUGUUGGAGUAUGUUGGGCAUGAUGUACUAAGACUAAAUCAUAUUGGUGACUGGGGGACACAGUUUGGCAUGCUGAUUGCCCACCUUCAGGAUGAGUUCCCUGAUUACUUAGAGAAGUCUCCUCCAAUUGGAGAUCUGCAAGCUUUUUAUAAGGAGUCCAAGACCCUGUUUGACAGUGAUGAGCAAUUUAAAAAGAGAGCAUAUGAACGUGUGGUGCAGCUCCAGCAGGGAGAGCCAAAUGUCAGGAAAGCAUGGGAAAUGAUCUGUGAUGUCUCUAGGAAAGAAUUUGAAAAGUUGUAUGAGCGUCUUGGUGUGACUAUCAUCGAGCGAGGGGAGUCAUUCUACCAGCCAAUGAUGCCACAACUUGUGGAACUUUUAGAAAGCAAAGGUAAAGUACUUGUUGAAGAUGGCCGUAAGGUUGUGUUUGUGGAGGGCUACAAAGUCCCACUGACUGUUGUCAAGUCAGAUGGUGGGUACACUUAUGACACCUCAGACCUGGCAGCCUUGCGUCAGCGAGUAGAGGAUGAAAGAGGAGACUGGAUUAUCUAUGUCACAGAUGCAGGACAGUCUGGGCAUUUUGACCUUGUGUUUGGUGCUGCAAGAGAAGCUGGGAUCUACGACCCUAAGCGUACCAGGGUAGAUCACGUGGGAUUCGGCGUGGUCCUUGGAGAAGACAGGAAGAAGUUCAAGACACGAUCAGGAGAGACUGUUCGUCUUGUUGAUCUGAUGGACGAAGGGAUUCGCCGAUCUGUGGACAAGCUAAAAGAAAAGGGAAGAGACCAGGCCUUGUCAGAAGACGAACUGCGUGCUGCGAGUGAGGCUGUUGCGUAUGGAUGUAUCAAAUAUGCAGACCUCUCGCAUAACAGAGUUGGGGACUACGUUUUUUCAUUUGAUAAGAUGCUGGACGACAAAGGCAACACAGCCGUCUACCUGCUCUAUGCGUACACCAGGAUAAGGUCCAUCAUGCGCACGGCCGGUAUGGACCGUGCGUCCCUGGAGCAAGCCAUCCACAACACAGAGAUCAGCCUUGAGCACCCAAAGGAGUGGAAGCUUGGAAAGUGCAUCACCCGCUUCCCGCAGGUGUUAUCUCGUAUCCUGGAAGACUUGCUCAUGCAUCCUUUGUGCGAGUUCCUUUACGAGCUCGCGACUACCACGACGGAGUUCUACGACAGCUGCUACUGUGUGGAGAAGGACCGCCAGACCGGUGACAUAGUCAAAGUCAAUGUAGACCGCCUUCUACUGCUUGAGGCAACAGCGAGGAUUAUGGAGACUGGAUUCCAUAUCUUAGGUAUCAACACUGUUAACAAGAUGUAGGGUGCCACGACAUUAAAUGCCUUCGGAAUAAGAGCACUUCUUCGUCUUAGUCGAAGUCUCAAGGCUGAUUUAGAAAGCACGAUUUAUUUGUAUGCGACACCUCUACAACUCGAGUCGUGGAGUGUAAAUCAGUCUACGACUCCGCUACGAUGCUCGACUACGCAAGUCGUAGUGUGUAAUUCAGGGCCAAAAGGCUAAAUCGUGCUGUCUAAAUUAGCCUUUAGUCUUCGGAGUCACACAGGCGAAGUGGAGCCCCGCACUAUGGAUAAGAGUACCACGUUAAUUGGGACACUUUUGUUCUGAUAUUAUUAAAAAAAGAAAUAGGGUA